AUGUCAAAGUUACAGAGCAGAAGUGGAGCAGUUGUGAGCAGCCCAACACUUCUGUGCAUUCCACUUGUGGGAACCACAGUAGAUCAAAUGUUUGUUGAUAUGCGAAGGGCCAAGGAAAUUGGUUCUGAUAUUGUUGAGAUCCGUCUUGAUUGUUUGGGAAGCUCCGACCCAUUAUCAGAUCUUCAAACACUCAUAAAACAAAGUCCUUUGCCCACUCUUGUCACUUACAGACCUAUUUGGGAGGGUGGUCAAUAUGAAGGCGAUGAAACCAAGAGGCAGAAUGCCCUUCGUCUGGCCAUGGAAUUUGGAGCUGAUUAUAUUGAUGUUGAGCUUCAGGUUGCUCAUGACUUUAUCAGUUCUAUCAAUGGAAAGAAACCAGACAAUUUCAAGGUGAUAGUUUCUUCACACAACUUCCACGAUACUCCAUCAUAUGAAACCAUUGGAAAUCUAGUUGCAAGUAUCCAAUCUACUGGGGCUGACAUUGCCAAGAUUGUGACCACCGCAUUGGACAUUACAGAUUGUGCUCAAAUUUUUCAGAUCACUGUACAUUCUCAUAUCCCAGUAAUAGGAAUUGUUUUGGGGGAAAGGGGUUUGAUUUCACGGCUCCUCAGCCCCAAGUUCGGUGGCUAUCUCACUUAUGCAGCGCUUGAGAUAGAUGCAAUCUCAGCUCUAGGACAACCUACAGCCAAAGACUUGUUAGAGCUGUACAAUUUUAGGCUUAUAAGGCCUGACACUAAAGUAUAUGGAAUCAUAGGAAAGCCAGUAGGUUACAGCAAAAGUCCUCUUUUGUUCAAUGCAGCAUUCAAGUCUGUUAAGCUUAAUGCAGUUUAUAUGCACUUUUUGGUGGAUGAUGUAGAGAAAUUUUUUAAUACAUACUCGUCUCUUGAUUUUGCUUCUGGAUGCAGUUGUACGAUUCCGCAUAAGGAGGCUGCACUUAAAUGCAUGGAUGAGAUUGAUCCUAUUGCCAAGAAGAUAGGAGCUAUCAAUAACAUUGUAAGGAGACCAGAUGGGAAAUUGAUAGCUUUCAAUACAGAUUACAUCGGUGCCAUCACUGCUAUUGAGGAUGGAUUAAGAGAAUCGUAUGGUGUAACACCAGGCGGUGAAUCGCCCUUGGCGGGUAGGCUAUUUGUCGUAAUGGGUGCCGGUGGAGCUGGCAAGUCGCUGGCCUAUGGCGCUGCACAGAAGGGAGCAAGAGUUGUAGUUUCUAACCCCACAUUUGAACGAGCUGCAGAUUUAGCAGCAAAAGUUGGAGGAAAAGCAAUGUCAUUGAGUGAACUGGGAGAGUUUCAUCCUGAAGAAGGAAUGGUCCUAGCAAAUGCAACUUCCGUGGGGAUGAAGCCUAAAGUUGAUGAGACUCCUAUUCCAAAGCAUGCAUUAAGGCAUUAUUCCCUGGUGUUUGAUGCGAUCUACAUGCCAAAGGACACCAGACUAUUGCAAGAGGCAAAGGAAACAGGCGCUGCUAUUGUGUAUGGUACAGAGAUGUUGAUCCGCCAAGGCUUCGAACAAUACAAAAACUUCACUGGUUUGCCGGCACCCAAAGAAUUGUUUAGACAGCUGAUGGAGAAACAUGCAUGAUGGUCGAC